AUGAAGGAGAGGCACCUCGGUUGCAAGCUGGAACCGAGCAAAAUUCUGAGGAAAACGCACAAGAGUUGGGAGCAGCUGAGACGCCACGACCCAGAUGUUGAGAUCUCCGAAGAUCCUACGGAAAACUUGUUUGUGAGCAACAGCAGCGUUCUUUGUGGUGUUUCCUUGGAGGAACUCGAAGAAAUCUUUUACCCUUUCGAUGAAAAGGCUACCUUCACUGUUUUCCCAAAUAAAAGGCAAAUCGUACUCAUUUUGCCGACUGGUGCGGUUGUCGAGGAUCAGUUGGUGCCCAAAGAUCUUGUCUUAGUAGAGAAUUACAUAACAGAAGAAGAAGAGAAAGAUCUCUUAGAUCUGAUUUUUCAGCAAGAAGAUGCAAAGCCACUCAAACAUCGCGCUGUUAUACACUACGGUUACGAAUUCGACUACAGUAGGAACGCUGCAGUCAAACCAACCAAGCCAAUUCCUCCACUGAUCAAUCAGCUGAUCGACAAAUUAGUCGCCGAUUCUCAUGUUACCUACACACCCGAUCAAGUGACCAUCAAUGUUUACGAACCUGGACAAGGUAUACCGUCGCAUUAUGACACUCAUUCUGCAUUCGAGGAUCCUAUCGUUUGCGUAAGUUUGUGUUCCGAUAUCGUCAUGGAAUUCAAAGAUGGAGCGAAUUCGGCGCGGAUAGCUUCUGUGCUCCUGAAAAGGCGAUCAUUAUGCUUACUUCAAGGUGAAGCAAGAUAUCGCUGGAAACAUGGAAUUGUGAAUCGAAAGCAUGAUAUUCAUCCGAUAACACAUCGUGUGGUUCCUCGUCAGCUCCGAGUCUCAGUCACACUGAGAAAAAUCCGAAAAGAACCUUGUCAGUGCCCAUUCAAAGAAUUCUGUGAUUGGGAUAGAGAAGUCACUUUGAGAAAAAUUCGGAAUGAACCCUGUCAGUGCCCAUUCAAGGAAUUCUGUGACUGGGAUAGAGAAGGAGAGAUGUCAGUUCCAUCUGAUAACAAGUCAGCUUUACGUAUUGAGGGUCAAUAUGUCAACGACGUUUAUGAAAAUAUUGCUGCUCAUUUCGAUGAGACUAGGAUAUCAGGAUGGACUGCUGUUAAAAAGUAGCU